GACGCAACCACUGCCGAAGCCCAUGUAGUGAUAGAGAGAAGUUGAAAUGAUAGCAUCCGACUCUUAUAUCUGAUUUUCUGAGAGCGGACUGGACGUUGGCGCCAGUCGUGUCCGGAAGGGGGAUGUUUUGCUGCUUUGGCGCGCCCCCCGCUAAGGCGGAGGCAGUACCUGCACCGCCCAUACUUGCAUUCAAGGCUGGUGCCCCUGCAAAUGGCAGCGGUGGCAAGGAGGCUGUCGCGGAAUCGCAGCGGCUUGACACGGCAGUCCAUGUUGACGUGGGAGCAGGAGCUGUUCCUGUUGACACGGCAAAAGCACAAGCUGUGCGUCCAGUUGAAUUACUGGGCUCGAGUGUUAGCCACGGCCAGCAAGCAGUCCUGCCAAGCGCUGAUAAUAACUCGCAAGAACAGCACUCUGCAGAGCCGGCUAUGCGUAGCCUCUUGGCAGAGACCAACGAAUUCAUGGGAAGACAGGGCUCCUUUGCAGCAAACUCGGUGCCGUCAACCACUCGCCCCGGCACUGACGAGGCGGUCCUUGUCGCCAGCGACUCGAGUGGGCACCGGUCCGGGGUGCGGGGACUCUCGCUUGUGCCGUCCCUCAGCCCCCAGGAGCUGAAAAGCCAGGUCGGGGAGCUGGUGUUCGUGGGGAGCGGAGCGACGGGUAUUGUGUACCGCGGCACGAUUUCCUCCACCACGCCGAUACCUGCGGGGCCGGACGCCGGGUACGGCACGGAGGGCUUCAUGGCCAUACUGGUGCCUGUGGCUGUCAAGUUCAUGAUCUGCAACACGCCGCAGCAGCUGUGGCAGCGCGCCAAGGAGGCGCUGCUCAGCAAGCUGGUCACGCAUCCCAACCUGGUGCGCACGCUGGCCAUGGACGUGACGCUGGUCACGCCCAACACCUACAAGGAGUGGGGCGCCAACAACACCAGCACCACUGCCGCCGCCACGGCGCGCGGACAAGCGCACAACGGCAUGGGCGCAGGCAUGGCCUCGGUCGCGACGUCGUCCGCCGCCGCACCGGCAGCAGGAGCACCGGCACCAGCACAGGCGGCCGGGCGCGCAUCCAUGGACGCGCCUGCCUUCGCCGCAGGGGCCCUGCACGGCGGCGGCGGCGGCGGUGGCGGCGGCUCGGGCUCAGGCUCGGGCUCUGGUUCAGGGGCGGGGUCUGGCGCGGCGGGUGCCGGCUCCGGCGGCAGCGGCAACGGCCGCGUUUUCCAGAGCGUGGCUUGCUCGCCCAGUCACCCCCACAGCUUCCUGGCGGCUGACGCCACGUGUGGCACCACGGCCGGCGGCACCACGGUCACCAGCACGACGGCGCUCAUGGUCUCAACGGCCAACACGCUCAGCGCCUCCCUGGGCUGCUGCCCCAUCAGCAACACCGCCGUCGCCGCCGCCGAUGGCUCCGUGACGGUCGCCGCGGCGGCACAGCACCCCAACCAGCGAGCUGCGUCGGGCGCGGGUGCCGGUGGCCUCUUACCUGUGGAUGUGGCGGCCAGCAGCGCAAGCAGCUGUGGGCCAGGGGCGGGCGGGGAAGGGCCGGCGGCUGUUGCUGGCACGGCAGCCUUGCAGCAGUGGCCCGGUGCUCGGGACGUGCUGGCCCCCGCAGGGCGGGAAGCCUCCUCUGAUGGCGCCCGCACCGUCGGCGGUGGCACAAGCGUGGAGGUGCCGACGCCGCAGCUGCCGCUCUCUGCCAACGGGCACAGCAGCCGUGCGCUGUCCACCGUCGAGGCGAGCGUUCCCGAGGGCGGCAGCGUGCGAGGCCCGGCUGCCGGCUCCGGAGCGGAGGUGGCGGUGGUCGGCCCUGACCCAGCGGCCGGGGCACCCCAGGCGCAGGCCCCCGCGGCACGGCCCCUGGCACCGCCGCCGGCGAUAAACGCGGUCUUCGUAGGCGGCAGCGGUGGCAGUAACGACGGCGCCGCAGGGCGUGGCUUACUCGGGUUGCAGGGCUCCGUUGAGUCCUCAGCAGCAGGCCUCCUCCCGGCCAACGCCCUGUCCCCAACCGGCGCGCCGACGCAGCCGCCCACGCCGCUGCCAGGGCCGCACGGCGGCGGCGCCCCUGCCGGCGGCGCAGCAGCCUUGGGCAACAGCGGCAGCGGCCGCUGCGCCAGCGCUGUUUCUCUCCUGUCGCCGUUGAUGGCGCCCAGCGGCACCGCCACCGCCGCCUGCAGCCCCCUCCCGCACACGGCCCCCUCGCGCGAGAGCUCCCAGCGCAGCCUAUGCCCGGCCAUGCCUAGCAACGGCCACGUCAGCAUCGGCGCCGGCGCCGGCUCCGGCAUGGUGGCGGCGGUGGCGGCCAUGCAUGCCACCAGCGGCGUGCAUGCGCACGCGGUGGCGGCGGGCCCUGGCGGCGGCGGCGGCGGCGUCAUGCGCCCGGGCGGGCCGGGCAGCGGCGGCGGCGACCCGGUGCCUUUUCAGGACAUCCUGUACCACCUGGACGCCAUACCGGGGCGCUUCCUGGCCAAGGUCAUCAUGGAGUUUUGUGACGGCGGCACUCUGCUGACUCGCAUCAACGCGGGCGACUACGUGGCGCACCCCGACCGCGGGCCGCUGGCGGGGCUGGCAGCGCUGCGGGCGCUGCUGUGGUGCCUGCAGGAGGUGGCGGCGGGCAUGGCACACCUGCACUCCCUCAACAUCAUACACGGCGACCUGAAGCCCGGCAACGUACUGCUGACGUCGGACGAGUCCUCGCCGCUGGGCUACCAGUGCAAGGUGUCGGACUUUGGCCUGGCCACGGCGCUGGAGGCCAGCGAGCAGACCAUCACGCACGAGAACUGGGGCACGGUGGUGUACAUGGCGCCCGAGUCCUGCGCCGGCCGCUGCCGCAAGGCCUCGGACGUGUACUCGUUCGGUGUGCUGCUGUGGCAGAUGUGCACCGGGCAGCGCCCCUACGCCGGCCUGCAGGCGGGGCAGGUACUGCUCGGCGUCAAGACCGGCACGCUCAAGCUGCAGUGGCCGCCCUGGGCCAACAAGAGCCUGGUCAAGGUGGGGCAGGCCUGCAUGCGCUUCGAGCCCAAGGAGCGGCCCGGCUUCAAGGGCAUUAGGUCGGCGCUGGCCAAGGUCAGCGCGAGGCUGGACCAGAAGAUUGCGGCGGUGGAGGCGGCGGGGCUUGGGUACGACCCCAGCGUGGGGAUAGCGCUGGGGUUGGGGAUGGGGGUUGGGCAGGCGGGAGGGGUCGCGGAGGCGGAGAGCGGCACGUCGCCGCACCCGCUGACGGCGGCGACCCUGGCGGGGGAGCAGGGCAGCGGCGAGCACGCGGGCUCGGGCGCGCAGGCGGUGGAGCCGGGCGCGGAGGCGGAGGAGUCGGGCGCCGUGUCGUAGGGGCGCGUGCGGUUGCAGUCGGCGUAUCGCGGUGGCGGAGGUACCAGCGAAUGGGUCGGUGUUGUUCAGUCGCCACCGGCUGGGCUUCAAAAUCGGGAGCACUCUACUUCCGAAAGAAACAAAAGGUUCUAUUGACGCCUGCGCGGAUCCAGGCGAUGGCCGAGGCUUGCUCGUAAAGGACUUGCAUCACUGCAGUCCAGACCACACGCUUGUGUCGGUGUCGGUGGCAUUAAAGUUUGUCCAGCGAGAGAAGGGCACGGGCAAAUGUUGCCUACCAAUGCACUCGGAAAAUAUUAGGAUAACGGUUGCAAUGACGGGCGGUGCGGGGAGGCUCCAUUCCUUAAACUUCCACAGCUGAGGCCCGGGGGCUUCUGACACACGUAUAGACACGGCAUCGGACCCUCUUCUAAGUUGUCAGGUCAGAUGGUUUAACGGUUCGGUGAUGUGCACAGGGGCAUGGUGGCAUAGCAAAAGGACUGCACGCAGAGCUCUGUGCUCCGGUAUGCUAUCGGUUCUUAGCUGUUGGAAGUGGCGGGAGGUAGUGGUGGUGGACCUUGGUUAGUCUCAGUCCAUUAGUCUCAGUCGCUGUUGCGGCUUGGGACAUAGCACAGGUUGAGUGCAAGGGACCCCAAUCGAUACUACUAGUGCCAUUUUGCUCCGUGUGCGGUGGUUACGAACGAGAGCUUGUUGACUGCAUAGGAUGCGGAGUGCGUCUGACCGCCAUACCUAGCACGCGCAUAGCACGGUCUAAUAUUAUCUCGUCGCGAACGCGUGGCACGAAGGCAGUUCACGCUAGCUCGUGAAAUGAAACAGUCUCGUUGACGAGGUGUGCUAUGUUACUUGCUGUGGCGGCAGUGCGUGCACACGGGGGGCGUCAGGCGGAUGCAGCGGCACGCCCCGUGCAGGCGCAUGCGCCACACGGACUGCCAGACGCGCGCGGUCUUGGGCGUGUGUGGUGUGGAGGCGCUAGGGCAGGAAGGGCACAAACGCAGGCACGCGUCAUCAUGUCGACGUCGGCUGUGCGCUUUUUGCUUACAACGGUUCCCCACUUCGCAGGGGUCGGGACGUUGGAGAUCAGGUCAGGCAUGAGGCUGAUGAGCAUUUUGAGGCGCUCUCCGGUACAGUGCGUGCCCUUUAGCAACGACUGUGUGGCGAACGGCGAUGAGUUACACAUCUGUCUUAUUGGGGGGGGGGGCCGGCCAUAGCCGGCGGGCAGGGCUGCGGUGGGCCUGACUGCUGGGAGCUGUUUGAGGCCGCGUUGGAUGUGGGUGCGGUGGGAUUGCUGGGAGCGGGCGGGAGAGUAAGGGCGCAACGUUGGGUGCGUGGCUGUGGGCGGCUCGUGCCUGUGUUGUGCGCUGCUGAGCAGCUGAGGCGCGGGUGGCUGCAACAAUAAGUAAGGAUCGAACUCUGACGGUUCGCAUCCGGUGAAUACGACAGCCCAGGUGUGGCUCUUACAAUCAACGCGAAACCGCAGCAUUGCUAGGGCGAGGCCAGCAGGCGUGUCACGUGUGUCUUGCAUGCAGCAAGUGCAUUUUGGCAACGUAGCCAUCCUAAAGUUUCAAUGGUCGAAGUGAAUGUGUGGCAUGGACCUGAUAGUAUGACUCUACCGUUGGAUGUCCGGGCGAUAUCAAAACCUAUGUGGUGAGGGGGCCUUGCACGGGCUGGGCCCGACACAAGGACGUGCCAUCCCCAAGCACUACGCACGGCUACUGGAGGCGCGGGUGCUGUAAGGAGGGGCGGCGUAAGGCCAGUGACAAGAGAGCUGACGCCACCAGGCGCUAUGGCCGUAUGUUUGCUGCUGCUGUCGUGGUGUGGGCGGCGUGGUCAUGUGCUCGAGCCCCGUAGGCCCCGUUUGUGGUCUUGCCUUAGUUUUUGCGCAGCAAGGGCGGCGCUUGCAGACUGCGCUGAUUGCGACACUGGCGCGUGCAUGCAUUGGUGGACUGGGGAUUGCCAAUCAGCGGAAGUUCCGCUGACCAGUGGCGGUGGUCAGACGCAUAGGUAUUACCCCACACUGUGAUUGCGGCAUUCUUUUUGACUGGGUUGCAAGCAAAGCACACGCAUCCAUUAUGAGCAUCUAUGCUUUACGGCAUUGGAGGCAUGGUGCGGUGUGUGGAAGUGCGGGGAUAGCGCGCGGUAAGCAUUGCGUGGGGCCGCGCCACACAACGUCGGGCAUAUUCCCGGCAUUGCAUAUGCAAAAUUGGAGGAGGAGGGCGUGCAGGUGCCAGUACAAUUCCACGUACGCGGUAUCCCGUGCGCAUACGCACGUGGCAGCCUGACCCCGUCACUGCUGCAUGUAAGGUUGCACUUGA